UGCCUAUGGUUGUCAGUCCUUCCUGUUUUUGGUGCUCGUGUGUGUCGCUAACUACCUUGUAGGGUUAAGUUCGUACAAUAGGCGCGAACAACUGAUGAAUGUGCCUCCCCACAAGAUUCACCAACUCCUACUAGAGGUCUGGGCUCUUGUACGUUGCCGGACUGUGUCUUCGGUUCAUCCAUAGCUGAUGUUGUGCAACCUGACCUGUAGGCCAGCGACAGAGGGUUCGAGUUGCGGGUUCGCCGCAGCCCUGAAAGGACUCGACCCCCACCGACUGUGUCACCCCGAUGCCGACCGGGGACGCAAUCUACAACCAUCAACGCUCGUACUUCCCCAACAGUGCGGGUGGGCAACAUGGGCGUUGUGCCAUCGGAACAAGUCGACUCUGCACCCCCUUCGUCACAUCUCCCAGAGCAAUCGAUGAACUCACGCCCACCAGCCGCGCAGACAUCAUCUCAACUCCCCAUUGAUAGUCCACGGUGUUCCAUGGCUCCUGCCAACAUCGCUGGGAUCACUGCAGCGCCAGCACCUCCGCCACCCGCUGCAUCACUUUCGGAAAUGAGUACGACGUACACGGAAAACCCAUACUCUACCUACCCCCGUGACCCCGACCCACUAAGCAUUGGAGCCGCUCAGCAACUCACGUUUGACCAGAUGAUAAACAUCAACUAUGCGCAGGCCCAGAUGGCCCCUAACACAUGCGUUCAACCGCCUCCGCCCUCAGGUUACCUUGCACAGCCUACCCAAAGUUUGAGCUCGUUCUUCGUGCCGCCGGCACCGGCGAUCCCGUAUCAACAGCGAAGCCGAGCUGUUGUGUAUAACCCUGUGAUGCAAACGUUGAAUGGGCCGCAGUUGAGAGGCUAUCCAAAUGUACCCCAGCUGCCCUUCAACGGUGGUUAGGGUCAUCAGUUAGAACUUGGCAUCGCUAGAUCAUGUCGUUGCUUUUAUUAUGCCCUUGCUCCGUGAAUUUAUGGACGGACUGCUCUUUCGUGUGCAGGCGGACGAGCAAGGACUGCACCCUCUUCGUCAUUUAUCUUUCAUAUACUCCCCGCCUCCGUAGUUUCCUCGACACU